UGCACGACUCCACCGGCAAGAUCACUUCGGGGAUACUCAAUGGCAACAUAAAUCAGCUGGGUGAUUUCGACCAGUGUCUAGGCAUCAGCGCCACCACUGGUGAUGCAACAGCAGCUAACGGCGAUGACGGUGAAGAAAUCAAAGGACAAUAUUGCCUGGCCUAUGCGCAGCCAGUUUUGCCACAUAAAUCGAAGCGUUUGCGCACAUUCUUCAAACUAAUGCAAUCACAUGGACCAUUCAAGAGUGAAUUCAAUGAUGUAAGUGCAUUUCUCUCAAUUAGCAAUUCAAUUAUCAGAUAAUAUA